CCGCCCACUUGCACUUGUUGCAGUUGCGGACAGAUUCAGAGUUUUCCCGGAAGAAUCCGGAGGUCUCUGUCUUCAUCAUCAUGGGAACACGGAUGCUGCGCUUCUAUCUGCUGGUUUUGCUGGUUUUCACAAAGGCAUCCAGCAUAAAGAUUCAGAACAAGCUGAUAGGUAAAUGUCUUCAGGUGCAAGAAGGAACGUGGGGAGGCAGAGUGUCUCUGGGGGAGUGCAGCCCAUAUUCACCAGUACAGGAGUGGAGCUGGCUCCCGGAGAGCCAGGCUCUCAGCAGCCACUUCACUGGGGAGUGUCUGACGGCCCCGGCAGAGCAGUAUGAAGGGGUUCACCUGCAGCCCUGUAUUUCAAGGCUUGAUAGCGACGGGGCUGACGAAGGAGUGGCAGCAGUGGAUAUAGGCAGAGAGGAGAGCAGCCAGGCAUGGUCCUGUUCCAAGAAAGGCCACCUCUCUUUGAUGGGGAGGGGACUGCACCUCAGUGCCACUCCACAAUCCACUUUGGUCUACCUAUCACAGAAUCAUAAACAGGGCAGCAGGUGGCGGUCUCUUGACAACCAGACAUUGUGCAAUGGAAGAGAAAGAAAACAUAUCCAGCAACAAGAUCAAACUCACAUCUAUGUGGGGAAAUCUCUAGAACCUGGGAUGUUUCCAACUGCCGAUGAAAACAGAGAGGCUGAACCAUCUGAAGGUAUAAUGGAUGACAAGGUCACCGAAACACAUCUGAUUAUCAAUGGGACUCAUUCGCCACUUAGCACCAAAUCCCCUGCAGAUCCCACCAUGAUUUUCUUCAGUAUGGAUUAUGGGAUGGCCUGGAAGAUAACCAUGCUGGUGCUAAGCUCUUUGGCUCUGGUCCUGGGGACUGUGAUUCUUAUCCUGAAUGUUUACACCAAUAGGAGGAAGAAGGUGGUGUGUGUCUUGAAGUCGUACACCGUGAGGCCAGAGGUGAGUGUUCCUGGGUCCCCCGUGCCCAGUGACAGGGCUCCGCUGACAGAGCAUGCCAUGCGACUCCCCCACUCCUCCCCCACUCUACAUCGGGGAGAGAUCCUGAUUGAGUGGAAGGACGGCACCGUGACACCGCUGUACGAGGCCUGAAGGCUGUGCUGUUGGUGAGGGUUAGGGCGUGGGUGUGUGCAUGUGCGCAGGAUAUACAAAAAAUUGAAAAACAACAGGCAAAAUAAGGUUUCGGACUGCUGGCAUCAGAGAGGUACAGGGCAAUGGAAAGUUCAUGGCUCAGAAUCAGACAAUUUUUUGAGGCUUAGCUGCCAGAGGAAGAUAAAAGCUGCUGAGAAGCUGCCAGGAAAGAAAAAGAUUGAGUUUGAGCUGGGCUUUGACCUUUUUAAAGAUAAGAGUCCUGACUGCAAAAUAAAUGUUUAGCAUUCAGAUAUUGUUUGUAGAGGUACUAUAGGUAUCAUGUAAGGGCUCAACAAAAAAAACAUAGCUUAGGCCUUGAUAAAUACUCAAUAAACUAAUCUUUGUUUGCUGUAAGGCCCAAACCACUGUAGAUGAAGAUCUGGUCAUGUUUUCUUAGUUUAAUGUUGUUAUUUCAUCUAAUAUGAUUCUUCCUCAGCUGCAGAGGCUUGUGCACUGAAUAUUAGGAUUAAUAAGAAUAAUGACAGUUGUGUUGCACUGUACUUUACCGUGUUGUGUUGACAGAAACAGUGUUUGGUGAAACAUGUUUCAUGACAUAAUUCAGUAUCAUUAAACUUCAUCUGUUCAUUUUGUAAUUUGCUUUGAUAAUGACCUGACAUCAUUUGUAUUAAUUUAUAUUUGUAAUUUAAUGUUUGUAAUGCACGAUGGAUGUUCUUGACCUUUGUAAGAGCAUUUGACAACACAGUCUCCACUCAGUGGCUGUUUCUAAGCUCUUUUCUGCAGAGAUCAACGAUAUUUAAAAGUCUUAGUAGGUAGGCUGAACAGUAACCGAACUCUAGAUCUUUGAACUUGUCAGUAGCCGUUUUCAGACAUGAACUCCAGAGGAGGUCCGCAGAAUUGGGUCCGGACUUUCUCUGGAGUUUUCCUUUCACACAUGGACAAAACAGCAGGAGAUUCUCCGCUCAGACACAACAACAGCACAACAAUCUCUGGAGGAUCUUCUGCUGUGUUCUCACAUACAGCCCCUCUGGAGAAUGUCCAGAGGUUCAUUGUGAAGAUUGCGUGAUAAGGUUGAAAACUCCAGAGCCAGGUUCAGAAACUGUAUUGUCAACUUACGGUGAUGUUUUCCUUUUUUUGUACUGGCAACCUGUGUCUGUACUACAUCGCUCGACCUACCUGGGUUAUGUUUUUAUUGUUCGGCCUUCUUUACCUAACAUCAGCCUACCUAUUUAACCUGAAGCUGUAAAAGCAACAUGACACAUUGUUCUAUGUCGCUGUUGGAUGUUACCGACCCGACUGGCAGAUGUCAUAUAUCAUACAAACAACUUUAUUAAUAGUAGUUAUGAUAUCGCUAAUGAUUGACAACGCUGCCUUUGUCACAUGAAUGAUGUUGAUAAUGACAACAUAUCCCGGGUAUGUCGAACUCACUUUGUCGUGUAUUAUAUAUAUAUAUAUUAUGGUAUAUUUCACUAAAAGUUUUCCAAAGCUGUGAACUUCCUAAUUAAAUGUC